AUGGAAGAUUCAUCGCGACCACCACUCGGGGAGAUAAGAGUCAUCAUUGGGGGAAGUACAACUGGCCAGUCGUCCAAGUCCAAGAAAGCAUACUUGAAGGUAGUACAGAGCGUCCAGCUUUCUGGACGAUCACCGAGAGCAAGAUCUACGGACGAGCAGGCAAUCACUUUCACGGACGAGGAUGCUGACAGAAUUCAUCACACUCAUGAUGAUGCCCUCGUCAUCUCCUUACUAAUUGCAAACUACACAACCAGAAGAGUGCUUGUGGACAAUGGAAGCUCAGCAGAAAUUUUAUAUUAUCCAGCUUUUCAGCAGAUGAGAUUAGGACGAGACCAGCUCCGUCCAGUGAACUCCCCCCUAGUAGGUUUUGGUGGGAUGAAGGUGCAACCAGUGGAUACCAUUUCCUUAUCCGUGGUAGUGGGGGCAUAUCCGCGACAGAUUACCAAGGAUGUGAACUUCCUUGUGGUAGAUUGUCCAUCCUCUUACAAUGCCAUCAUUGGGAGACCAACUUUGAAUAGUUGGAAAGCUGUUACCUCCACUUACCACUUAUCAGUCAAGUUUCCAACAGAACACGGGGUAGGACAGGUACAAGGUGACCAACUGGAAGCAAGAGAAUGUUACUUGGCCAUGCUGGCCAUGGAUGAACAAGUUCAAGCAAUGAAUAUUGAAGAAAAGAAGGUUGUAGCAGAGCCUACUAAAGCCUUGGAAGAAAUUUCCUUGGAUGAAGAUAACCCUGAGAGGUGUACCAGGGUUCUCAAAAAAGCAUUCGAAUGGACCGACGAGUGUCAGAGAGCUUUCGAAGAUUUGAAGGUAUACCUUACCAUGGCACCGCUGCUGAGUCCAUCAGUGGAAGGAGAGGAAUUAUAUUUGUACCUCGCGGUAACCCCACAUGCCGUGAGCUCAGCAUUGAUAAGAGAGGAAGAUAAAGUCCAAAGACCUGUGUACUAUACAAGCAAGGCAUUGAAAGGAGCGGAAGGACGGUAUCCACAAAUGGAGAAGUUGGCCUUCGCACUAAUCACAGCUUCAAGGAAGCUGAGGCAUUAUUUCCAAGCACAUGUCAUUAAUGUUAUGACAGAUCAUCCUCUCAAAAAGGCAAUGAAUAGACUGGAAGCUGCAGGACGAUUAAUCCAGUGGGCUGUGGAGCUAAGUGAGUUCGAUAUCAGGUAUCAACCAAGGCAUGCCAUAAAAGCUCAAGCCCUAGCAGAUUUUAUUGCAGAGUUUACCCCAAGUCAUAAUGAGGCAGAAGACAGUAAGAGAUGGAUCGUCCACGUGGAUGGUUCGUCUACACGGCAUGCAGGAGGAAUUGGUGUGGUCCUGCAGUCCCCAGAGGGAGAUAAACUGAAACAUAAAGUCCGUCUACAGUACCAAGCAACAAACAAUGAAGUCGAAUAUGAAGCCCUCCUCAAAGGGCUAGAAUUGGCGAAAUCCGUGGAAGCCAAAUCCAUAUGUGUCAUGGGGGAUUCCCAACUGAUCAUGGGGCAAGUGAAUGGGACGUAUGAAGCGAAGGAAGAACGAAUGAAGAAAUACCUUGGUAGGGUGAUGCGCCUUGUGAAAAGGUUUGAAAAAGCUGACUUCGUUCAAAUCCCCAGGGAGGAGAACGUGGAAGCUGAUACUAUAGCAAAAGAGGCCUCAGCAGAUGAAUCAUUAGAGAAGUCAGAUGAAAUUCAAUAUAUGCCAAGUAUAGAUGCCCAGGAAGUACAGCAGGUGGAUAACAGAGAAAAUUGGAUGACUCCCAUUAUAUCAUACUUGAAAGACGGACGACUACCAGAAGAAAAGGACGAGGCCAGAAAGGUGAGGGUGAGAUCAGUUAGAUACGUCCUUAUGAAUGAAGUGCUAUACAAGAGAGGUUUCUCUCAACCUUACCUUAGAUGCCUAGCUCCGGACGAAGCGAACUACGUGCUGAGAAAAAUUCACGAAGGGGCAUGUGGCAAUCACUCAGGAGCCAGAUCACUUGUCCACAAGGUCGUCCGUGCAGGAUAUUACCGGCCGAACAUGCAAGCUGAUGCAAAAGCAUACGUUAAAGUCUGCGACCAGUGCCAGCGAUUUAGCAACGUCCCCAGGCAACCAUCGGAAUACCUCACCCCAAUGGUGGCACCGUGGCCCUUCGCACAAUGGGGAUUGGACAUUUUGGGUCCCUUCCCUUUGGGAGUAAGGCAGAUGAAGUUUUUAGUGGUGGGCAUCGAUUACUUCACCAAAUGGGUGGAGGCAGAACCGUUGGCAAAUAUCACACAACAGAAUGUGAAAAACUUCGUGUGGAAGAACAUUAACCAUUACUCCUCGCCUACACACCCCCAAGCCAACGGCCAGGCUGAAGUUGCAAACCGAUCCUUGUUGAAAAUCAUCAAGACUCGGCUUGAGGGAGCAAAAGGAGUAUGGCCGGAUGAAUUACCAGGAGUCUUAUGGGCAUACAGGACUAUAGUGAGGACCCCUACAGGGGAGACUCCUUUCAAGCUAGCCUAUGGAAGUGAUGCAGUCAUAUCUGCAGAAGUACAUAUGGCUAAUCACAGGGUGAUGAUGUAUCAAGACAAGGAUAAUGAGGAUCAGCUUCGUCUGAACCUCGAUCUAAUAGACGAGUGUUGCUUGUGUGAAGUUUGA